AUGGCAAGCGUGGCAACAUGUGACAGCAAGGGUGUAAAUUAUGGAUUGGUUGUUUCGGGCUUUGAUGGCUCGUUAAAAGUUGUUUGGAGGCAAAAGAAAGAAGUCAAAGAAAAGGGGUUGGAAGUCGGUAACAGUACAGCUACAUGCGCACUUGUAGAUGCAUCAAGUUUCGUCGGCAUACUUCCUGAGAUAGGAUUGCUGCAAGAUGCUGGUCCCUUGUGCAGUAUGAAUGUCAAAUAUCUCGGAAACUUUCGUCACAUGGCAGCAGGCAGCUUGGUUGGAACAGUGUGCUAUACGGUCGUGAAUAUGGAAGUCAACUCUGUCGUACAAAGUCAGCUUGUCCGCAUUGACGGUCCGAUUUCAGCUCUGUCUUUGUUCUCUUCUUCAGAGAACAUUGCAGAUGUUGCAUCUGUGCAGGAUCACCCCUUUAAGGUUACAGCAUUCAAAGAUUGCAUCGACGAGGAAUUCCACAAGCAGAUUGUUUCUCAAUCAUGCUGUGGGGAAAAGAGUGCAGAGGUUCAAGAGGGGCUUUCUAGCUUUGUAGGAGAUGGGCAUCUACUUGUUUGUACCGCACUUGGUUACGGCGUUUUGUACCAAAAUGUCGCGCGUAAUGCUCUUCUUGAUGCUUCAUUCCUUCCUGGAAUUAAGAGUGCAUUGGAUAAUGAUGCUCUAUUGUGUGCGUGCGUCGCUGACAUAGAGCUUGAUGGUUUCCACAAACUCUUUGUUGGGACGUACUCGGGCCGGGUUCUUGUCUAUGAAUUCUUUCGUCCGAUUGGAGUGGUCGAAGAUGCUGAUAAUCCAGACGACAGAUCGACAAAUGUCUCACCUCUGAAUAGCAUUUCAUCUGGCGGAUUUUCAGCUGACCCUGUGCAACUGAGCUCCAGCAUUCAGGAGACCUUUGGAAACAUCUUACAGCCUUUUCCAGGUGAGACUCCAGCAUUCACUAACGGCCUGAGAGAGAGACUGGAAUGCAUUGAGUCUGACAGCUCAUCAAAGCUGAGCAACCCUGCACGAGGAGAAAGCAUUACUGAGUUGCGAGAUGGGACCAAGUUAACGGAGUUGUCAGUGGCUGGUUCUCUCAAUUCUGAGACGGGGUAUCUGACGGCUCAAAUGGGCAGACGCACGGAAUCUCCGAUUCCGGUGUCAAGUAGCAGCUCGCCUAUCCCCGUUCUGCAUGACGUCGAGACAAACACAACACAUGCCUCAAGGGUUUCUUUGGCACAGUUUCCAAACACGAAUAGCAACAUGAAAAGAAGUCUCGAGCGAGAGACAAGCCUGCCUGUGACUCCUUCCUCAGGCAAGGCUAUCAAACCUGCACCCUGGAACGAUGACGGAAGCCAUCAAGGAAGUGGAACCUUCCGACGAGUCGAGUCAGAAAAGGAUGUAUACACUUCUCCUAUUCUGAUCGCUCCAUCGUCUACGAAGCUCCAGCCUCGAUUGAAAGCAGCGAUCAAGAAGAUCGCGGAUGGAUGUCAAAAUCCGACCGGCAAGGAGAGAGAAACUGGCUUUGUUACACAAUUUGAGAUCUUUGGAAAAUGA